AUGAAGUUCUCCGUCCUCGUCGCCAGCGCUCUUCUCCCCCUCGGCAUCAUGGCCAACCCGGGCCCCGUCGAGGCCGACGACGUCGUCGAAGCCAGAACCAUCGAACGGCCCCAGCACUGCGCCAUCAUCGGCGGCUCCUCGACAGUCAACUGCCGCUCGGGGUGGACGACGAGUGCACGCGUCAAGAGGACGCUGACCCGCGGCAACGCCUACGACUUCUGGUGUGUCAAGACGGGCGAGUGCGUCACCAUCAACGGCGCCAAGAACUGUGGAUGGCACUACCUGCGCGAUCUGGAUUGCUUCGUCAACGGCCACUACACGGACAACCACUGCACUCUGGCUCGUCUGGGAGGCUGCGGCAACUUUGAUCUGGACGGUGAAUACAACUCAGACCCGUUCAAGGCGUAG